AUGGCGCGGAGCGAUUCGAGCGAGACCAUGACGGACCGCUCCGCUUCACGUGAAGAGCGCGGGAGGCGACGUGAGAGCCAUUUUGCAGAUGGGAUCCAACAGCUGGACGUGCUGGACGCCCAGGAGCGCUAUGAGGAGGAGACCAAGGACCGAGGCAUUGGCGCGCUGCACCACAUCCGCUCCAGGACGCGCAGCCGGACACACGAAAUGGUCAUCGCAUGGGAGCACAACGACCCCGAGAACCCGUACAACUGGCCAACAUCCAAAAAGCUCUUUGUCCUCGUCAUCACGGCCAUGCUCGUCAUCAACUCGACCAUGGGGUCUGCCCUGCCGAGCAUGGCCGUCCCCAACAUCACCCGUGACUUUGGCGUCACGUCGACGCCGCAGAAAGUGCUCCCCAUCAGCGUCUUCUUGAUAGGAUAUGUCUUUGGGCCCAUCAUCUGGGGCCCACUGAGCGAGCACUUUGGCCGCCGCUACCUGACCAUUGUUACCUUCAUCGCCUUCUCCCUCUUUACUAUGGCGUGUGCCCUGGCUCCCAACUGGCCUGCCCUUCUUGUGUUUAGGCUCUUCUGCGGAGUGUUUGCCAGUGCUCCCAUUGCCAUUGUGGCGGGCAUUCUUGCCGACAUCUACGGCGAGCCCAGGACCAGGGGGAGGGCGUUUGCCGUCUUCAUGGUGACCACCGUCUGGGGCCCGCUCUUCUCGCCCAUCGUGUCCGGCUUCACGUCCACGACCAUUGGCUGGCGCUGGACGUUCUGGAUCGCCCUCAUGUACGCCGGCGCCACGCUCGUCCUCAUCGUCUUCGUCCCCGAGACGUUUGGCCCGAUCCUGCUCUCCCAGCGGGCACGCCGGCUCCGCAAGGAGGACCCAGCGCUGCGCGUCGUCGCCCCCCGCGACCUCGAGGAGACGGACCUGAACCGCCUUCUCACCGUCGUCCUCACCCGGCCCCUGCGCAUGCUCUUCUCCGAGCCCAUUGUCUCCGCCACCUGCGCCUACCUCGCCCUCGUCUAUACCAUCUUCUACAUGUCCUUCCAGGCCUUCCCCAUCAUCUUCCAACGCCUCUACGGCCUCUCCCCCGGCGUCACCGGCCUGUGCUACCUGCCCAUCGGCGGCGGCGCCAUGCUCAGCAUGCCCGUCUUCUGGUACUGGGACGGCGUCCUCGCGCGCGCCCAGGACCGCGGCGACCGCUGGGUCCAGCGCGAGGAAUACCGCCGCGUGCCCCUCGCCUGCGUCGGCGGCCCAUUGUACGUCGUCUCCCUCUUCUGGCUCGGCUUCAGCGCCAAGGACUCCGUCUCCUUCGUCGCCCCCAUGCUCGCCGGCGUCCCCUUCGGCAUGGGCUUCAUGCUCAUCUUCAUGGCCCUGCUCAACUACCUCACCGACGCCUACGAGAUCUUCGCCGCCUCCGCCAACGCCGCCGCCUCCUGCUGCCGCUCCCUCCUCGCCGUCGUCCUGCCCCUCGCCACCACGCCCAUGUUCGCCCGCCUCGGCAUCUCGGGCGCCUGCGCCCUCCUCGGCGGCCUCAGCGCCGCCAUGUGCGUCAUCCCCUUCGUCUUCAUCUGGAAGGGGCCGAAGAUACGGAGCAAGUCCCGCUUUUGCAUCGCCUUGCGAGAGCGUAAGGAGGAGAUGCUGCGAAAGGCCGAAGAGGAGAGGCAGCGUUUGGAGCGCGCCGCCCAGCGGGAAAAAGAGGACGCUGUCUGA